UGUUAAUUGUGAAAAAGAGAGAGAGGCGUGAGGAAGAUAAGAGAUAUAAAAUAAAGUGAAGUAUUCAUUUAAUAUCAUUGUGAACUCAAUAAUUUUAAGAUUGUAUUGUGGCUGUUUGUUGAAUAUUUGCGGAAAUGCCCACAAUGGAUAAAAAACCUCUUGACGAAGAGAAAAACUCCUCAGAACCGACGGUACACGACUUUUCGUCACCAGCUCCCCAGUUAGAGGAGAAGAAGAAUCAGGAAAUUGGACAUAAACCUGAGAAAUAUGUGGAAAAUAGAAAAGUAUAUGAAACUGAUGAAGAAGAAGAAGAAGAAGAACAACAACAACAACAACAACAACAACUCCUCCAGCAGCAGCAGCAGCAGCAACAACAACAACAACAACAACAACAAGAUGCGAUAAACGUACCUCGAAAUAGAGACAUAGAACCAUGCACUACACAAUGGUGUAGAAAAUUUAGAUGUGCAACCAUGAGCAUUAUUUUCAUAGUAAUUUCACUUAUUGUUAUUACUUUGAUAAUGACAGUUGCUAAUCAUAUCCAAAUUAAGAAAUCCCAGCAUGUGAAACCACUAUCUCCACACACAGUGGCACCAUCACCUAAACAGCCUAAGACACCACCUCCUUCACAAUUCCACCAUACAUUCUUAUACCUGAAAACAAGUGGAUACCCAGAUCCAGAUGGAAAAACUAACCUAGAGUGGAAGAAAGAUGAGAGUCAGGAUGAAGGCAAUAUUAAACUGCUGAAUGGAACUUACAUUCUUAUACCUCAAAGUGGGAUGUAUGAAAUAAACUUUGUAGUACAAUUGUACAUUCCAAAAGGUACUUCUGAAUCAAUUGUAAGCUUGAUGUUAAAGAGAAAGGAUAACGGGAAAAGUUAUGUGUUCAUGAAGAAAAGUAUAAGUUCCUUAGACAUAAAACAUGAAGUGAUACAGUCAUUAUUUAAAUACAAAUUUAACACUAAUGACACAAUCUUUCUGCAGAUGAACAUGGUAAAACUCAUCAGCCCCAAUAAGCUUUCCAGCUACUUCAUUAUCAGCAACGUACACAUAUAUAAUCAUUAAUAAAAUGUUAGAAUUGUGCUUUUAGAAACAGAUCAACCUCUUUUGAAUUCUUCAUUUCUGUCAUCAAUUUUAAGCAUUGGUCUGUGGUUAUUUCGAAGCACUUCUUUGUGGAGUUUCAUUAACUAAAUCAACUUCUUUAUGCUUUGUCUGGUACUUAUUUAGCUGUUUUCCUCUUUAUAUUUCUAAAAAGCAAACUUGUUUGUACAUUUCCAUAUUCUGAACGCCUUACUUCCCAGGGUAUGGAUACAUUGAAACUCCGACGUCUGGCGGCUGACUUGGCAAACGCCUAUAAAAUUAUUAACCAUUUUACUAACAAUAACUCUGAGCACCUUUUCAAACUCCACCUGUCUAACACCUGUGGACAUGUUUACAAAGUCAGAAAACUGCACAGCUCCCAUGACUUUCGGAAACACUUUUUCACGCUAAGAGUUGCUGAAGUAUGGAACAAACUGCCGGCAUCAGUUGUCAGAGCACUGCAUCCUUCAAAACUUCCAUACUUCCUGAGAUUCGCCAACACUACACUUGAUUUUUCUCCCCUCCAUACACACGCAAGCAUACACUGUUCACUUUCCAGACAUUUGUACAUUACUGCAUACGCUUUAUAUGCACUUUUGACAAGUUGUAAUGCACCUGAGCACUGUAUACAAUAAUUUCAUUAUUAUAUUUUGACCACUAAUUUGACAAAAUAAAUUUGGUGAUAAGUUA